GGGAGCUGGGAUGGUCCUGGGACAGGCAGUGACCCUGUGACGCUGGCUCCUCUCGCCUCACUCUGGACCUGAUCCUGGGACGUCCUGGCCGCCAUGGCUGCCCAGCUGAGCAGGAUCAUGCGACCCGAUGAUGCCAACGUGGCCGGCAAUGUCCACGGGGGAACCAUCCUGAAAAUGAUCGAGGAGGCGGGUGCCAUUAUCAGCACCCGGCACUGCAACAGCCAGAACGGGGAGCGCUGCGUGGCCGCCCUGGCCCGGGUCGAGCGCACUGACUUCCUGUCGCCCAUGUGCAUUGGUGAGGUGGCACACGUCAGCGCAGAGAUCACCUACACCUCCAAGCACUCUGUGGAAGUGCAGGUCAACGUGAUGUCCGAAAACAUCCUCACAGGUGCCAAAAAACUGACCAAUAAGGCCACCCUGUGGUACGUGCCCCUGUCGCUGAAGAACGUGGACAAGGUCCUCGAGGUGCCUCCUGUUGUGUAUUCCCGGCAGGAGCAAGAGGAGGAGGGCCGGAAGCGGUACGAAGCCCAGAAGCUGGAGCGCAUGGAGACCAAGUGGAGGAACGGGGACAUUGUCCAGCCCGUCCUUAACCCAGAGCCAAACACUGUCAGCUACAGCCAGUCCAGCCUGAUCCACCUGGUGGGGCCCUCGGACUGUACCCUGCACGGCUUUGUGCAUGGAGGCGUCACCAUGAAGCUCAUGGAUGAGGUAGCUGGGAUCGUGGCUGCACGCCACUGUAAGACCAACAUCGUCACGGCUUCCGUGGAUGCCAUUAACUUUCAUGACAAGAUCAGAAAAGGCUGCGUCAUCACCAUCUCUGGACGCAUGACCUUCACGAGCAAUAAGUCCAUGGAAAUCGAAGUCUUGGUAGACGCCGACCCCGUGGUGGACAACUCUCAGAAGCGCUACCGGGCCGCCAGUGCCUUCUUCACCUACGUGUCCCUGAGCCAGGAGGGCAGGUCGCUGCCUGUGCCCCAGCUCGUGGAGAAGCUGGGCCACGUGAGUCCUACUGUCCUGUCCCGAGGGAUAAUAGUGGUACAGAUCAGGCAAGGUCAUGAAGGAAUGCCUCAUGGCUGGCAGCGAGGCGAGGCCUUGGAGUUCUACUGCCAGGGAUGGGUGGAGCUGGGGCCCGCAGGUGGCAAUGCCUCUGACGUCCCCUUGCACAGCUCCCGUGACCGGGCCUCCUGGAACACCGCCUUCCCUUGGGGCUUGUGA